UGAGAACGAGGGGAGUAAUAGCAAGGUAAAGGGAGGGAGCAAGAGGACUAACAGCACUGAAAGCACUGAUAGGGGCGCCAGAGGCAAGUAGGGAGCAAUCGAGAGAGGAUGACUAGAUUGGUGUGCUGAAUAAUAGUGGAAGAACAGAAAUAAAAAACAUCAGGAAAAAGAAGAAGACGCUGGACUGAACAUGAAAAAGUAACAGGAGAGACAACGUGGAUGAAAGGGCUGAGAGCUGAAGAGCUCAGAUUGUUGAAAACCAAAAGAAGAUGUUUUUCUUCAUAAAAGGAGCUGUAGGUGUUUGGUGUGUGAGCUUCAGCGUGAAUUAUAAAGAUGGAUACAUAACACCUGUUAUUCCUAAAUGAUGGGGUGUUACAGUUUUCAGCUGGUUGUGUUGGAAUGUCUCUGCAGCAUUUUGUCUACCUGCACAGAGUUUGACCUUCCUUAGUCAGCAGGCGGAGUGAGACUGCAGAGAGAAAAAGAGCGAGAAAGAAGGAGAGGUGGGGAGAGGGAGUGUCUACAGGAAAACAGAGAAAGAGAGUGUGUUAAAGUGGAGUAGUAGCCGAGGGAGUUGUUGCAUUUUGAUGAGUGUGCCUGUGCAGUAUGCACUGUCCUCCCGAUGUAAAACCUGUUUAGUACUGUCUGAGACUCUAUGGAGAUACAAACCCUGUUUACCCUCAAACGGCAACCAUUUCUGAAGCCCGGGUCCCACCCAGACUGGACUGAAGUGAUUUCCAUCUCCUCGACUGGGCACCCUGGCUCUUUCUAAAAUGUCUCUUUGAAUUUUUAAUCACACCUCCAACUGUAGUGUUUUAAAUCCUCUGGAACAAUGGAUAUGUCAGGCAACCACCAAGGGUGCCCAGCACGUGCUCCCGGUGUUGGAGACUCAAGGUUGGGGGAGGCUAGAAUGGGAGAGGGGAUAAGAAUGGGGGAAAGAGAAACCCCACUUAGGCUGUCACCUUUCCGUAUGCUACGAAUGCUGGACUCAUGCCGUCCUCCUGGAAGCCGUAUUGGUAUCGUCCAUGAGAAUGUGAAAAUGGGUUCGGAUGGGGAAAGCGACCAGGCAUCUGGGACGUCUUCUGACGAGGUCCAGAGUCCAGUCAGAGUCCGUAUGAGGAACAACCACCAUCGGCGCAUCUCUAAUGAGGACAUCAACAAGCGUUUGUCUCUACCAGCUGAUAUCAGGCUACCGGAGGGCUACUUGGAGAAGUUUGCCAUGAACAGCCCCCCCUUUGACAAACCCAUGAGCCGCAGGCUACGUCGCGCUUCAUUGUCUGAAAUCGGCUUUGGGAAACUUGAGACCUACAUCAAACUGGACAAACUAGGGGAGGGGACCUAUGCUACAGUGUUUAAGGGGAGAAGCAAGUUAACAGACAACUUAGUGGCUCUGAAGGAGAUCCGGCUGGAGCACGAGGAGGGUGCGCCCUGCACCGCUAUCAGGGAAGUGUCUCUACUGAAGGACUUGAAGCAUGCAAAUAUUGUCACUCUCCAUGACAUUAUCCACACUGACAAGUGCCUGACACUCGUGUUUGAGUACCUGGAAAAAGACCUGAAGCAGUACAUGGAUGACUGUGGGAGCAUAAUGAGUGUUCACAAUGUCAAGAUAUUCCUAUUCCAGCUGUUGCGAGGUCUGGCGUACUGCCACAGAAGAAAAGUCCUCCACAGAGACCUCAAACCCCAGAACCUUCUCAUCAAUGAAAAAGGAGAGCUUAAACUGGCAGAUUUCGGUUUGGCGAGAGCGAAAUCUGUUCCUACAAAGACCUACUCCAAUGAAGUUGUGACAUUAUGGUACCGGCCACCAGAUGUGCUUCUGGGCUCCACUGAGUACUCUACACCCAUUGAUAUGUGGGGUGUGGGCUGCAUCUUUUAUGAAAUGAUCACUGGCAGACCUCUGUUCCCUGGAUCCACUGUGGAAGAUGAGCUACAUCUGAUAUUCCGCAUCCUAGGUACUCCUACAGACGAGAGUUGGCCUGGAGUCGCCACCAGUGAAGAGUUUAAGACGUACAAGUUCCCCCGAUACAAAGCAGAGCCCCUCGUCAACCACGCACCCAGGAUAGAUAACGAUGGUCACGACUUGCUCUCACUGCUUCUACAGUUUGAGGCUAAGAAGCGGGUAUCAGCUGAAGACGCUCUGAAACACUCGUAUUUCAAAUGUUUUGGGGAGGAAGUUCAAACACUGGCUGAUAUCACAUCCAUCUUCUCUGUAAAAGGCAUUCAGCUUCAGAAGGAUCCAGGGAAGAGAUCCUCAGUCUUCCCAGAGUCAACGACGGCCCAUAAGCUAGGUUCUGCACCCUCGCAGUACUUCCAGAGAGAAGCAGCCAAUCCCAGGGCUCAGAGUCAAAAUCUCUCCUCCACUUCCACUGGCUGAGUGGCCCCUACCGUUCUGCCCAGGGGAAGAGUAGGAGGCAGAGUGUGUUGUUUUAGUGCUGGCGGGGGCGCUGAGGUGAGGAGGACAGUGACACGUGGAGCUGUCCUGUCAGACAUACAUCCACUGACCCUGCCACACACACACUGAAGGAGCGACACACACCCUGCCACAGAAACACACACACUGAAGAAAAAUACACAUACACAUACUUGAAACCAACCACCCAGAAUUUAGGCUGAAGAAUUUGUACUUGACAGUAAAAAAAAAUAAAGACUCAGUUCAAAGAUUAAAUUAAGAAUGAGAGAAGUGUGGAAAUGCUGUAAGAAAAGUGGGAGAGUACAAGACUCUCCUUGCUGCUACUACUGCUGCUGUCCAGAAGAGGGCAGCGUUUAAGGAGUGGGCUGGCUCGGUUUUUGAACAGUACUUGCUGAAUCAGUGAGCCGAGAGGAAGAAGGAGUGAGAAGUGGACUUCAGUCAAAGGCGAAGAAAGAGAGGGAACUUUCUUGUGCGCUUUUUCUUUUUUGUUCUGACUGUUGUUGUACAUAAGUAGACUGAGCUGUAGAACUCUGCUUUGUUCAUAACAUGCCUCAGCCUGAAUCCCAAAUUCAGAAUAUUGCACCUGAACCCUAAACCCUCGCCUAACCUCUUGGCCCUUUAUUACGCAAUCUUUAAAACACAGAGAAACACAAACACACAAUCUCUUUCUUUCUCUGAUUCUCUCUCGUUCUCUAUCUCUUAGACAUGCGCAC